CAGUCUAGUCACAUGGUUUUAAUAAUUAGCCACAUGGCUUUUAUAGUACAGAUCUACUGAUCAAAACAAGCUCAAAAUGAAUCGAUUCUCUGGCCUUCUAACCACCCGAUGGUACAGCUCCCAAGUGGCUAGUAAGGCUAAGAGUCCUCUGGCAGUACUCAGGCAGAAGACAGGCCUACCGAUUGGAAAAUGCAGAGAAGCUUUAACCAAACAUAGUGAGAAUUUAGAGGCGGCCGAGAAAUGGUUGUAUUCUGAAGCACAGAAGGAAGGCUGGGCCAAAGUAGAGAAGCUUAAGGACAGGACUGCACAUCAGGGCCUCAUUGGAAUGCUAGUCAAGAGAAGCAGUAAUCACAAUCAAGCAUUAAUGGUUGAGGUGAACUGUGAAACUGAUUUUGUUGCAAGGAAUGACAAGUUCAAAGAGCUCACAUCAAAUAUCACCCAAAGCACGUUUCACCUCAAGGCCAUCCCCAUUCUACAAGACACCCCCAUGCCUGUAGUGGACUACCUUUCCAAAGACCUCUUAUCUUCCAUUCCCAGUCAGAAUCAAACACUGGCCGACAAAGUAGCUGAAAGUAUGGGACAAUUGGGGGAACACAUCUCCAUCUCUCGUGGCUGUGUAAUGGCUGCUAGCCAAGGACUUAUCUGUGGUUUUGUAUACAACAACGUUUCUCCGCCUGGCUCUGACACCCAGCUUGGUACGUAUGGAGCUCUAUUGCAUAUGUUGCCAUCAGAGGAGACUGGAAAAAUGUCAAGCCAUGAGCGGAUGACGAACUUGGGGCAGCAAAUUUGUCAGCAUGUUGUGGGGAUGGAUGUCGGUGACGCAUCAAGUAACAAGGAUCUGAUUGGUGCGCUACUAGAACAGAGCUUUCUGUUUGAUAGCUCAGUCACUGUAGGAGAACUGUUAGCCAACAACGGACUCAGUCUGACUAGAAUCAUUAGGUAUGCAUUGGGGGAAUCUGACUCCCUUUUCUGACAUUUAAAUAUAAUUGUAGUCUAUUUAUUUCUGUGUAAUAUAGGACACUACAUUUCUUAUGAUGAGAUAUAUACAUACAGUGAAGCAUAUUGACUAUCAUUUCUAAUACUUUUUGA